AUGGAGGAAGCAACUCAAGUAGCAAGCUCUGAAGUCCCUGUAGUGAAAGAUGAUGCGGUUGACCUUAAGACAGUUGAUGUUUCCGUCAAGCCUGUGAAUGGAGAUGUGACAAAGGAAGGGAAAGAAGAGGAAGAUACAACAUUUGAUGGAGAAUUCAUAAAAGUUGAGAAGGAAACUUUUGAUGCCAAGGAUGAUGCCGAGAAAGCUGAGCAUGUUCCUGUUCAAGAGCAAACGCAAGUCUCAGUUGAAAGAAGCUCGAGUGGUUCGGAAAGAGAACUACAUGAAUCACAAGAAAAGGCGAAGGAACUAGAGCUCGAAUUGGAAAGAGUAGCAGGGGAACUGAAACGGUAUGAAUCCGAGAAUACCCACUUGAAGGAUGAGCUCUUGUCUGCGAAAGAGAAGUUAGAAGAAACGGAAAAGAAGCAUGGUGAGCUCGAAGCUGUCCAAAAGAAGCAGCAAGAGAAGAUUGUUGAAGAGGAAGAGAGAUACAGCUCUCAGUUGAAAUCCUUGGAAGAUGCUUUGCAGUCCCAUGAUGCCAAAGACAAGGAACUAACUGAAGUUAAGGAAGCUUUUGAUGCAUUGGGCUUAGAACUCGAGAACUCACGAAAGAAGUUGAUAGAGUUGGAUGAGGGGCUAAAGCGUUCAGCUGAAGAGGCUCAGAAAUUUGAAGAGCUGCAUAAGCAAAGCGCUUCUCAUGCUAACUCUGAGACUCAAAAGGCUUUGGAAUUUGCACAGUUGCUUGAAUCGACCAAAGUGAGUACCAAGGAAAUGGAGGAAAAAAUGGCUUCCCUGCAACAAGAAAUCAAGGAGCUGAAUAAUAAGAUUUCUGAAAACGAAAAAGUUGAAGCUGCUUUAAAGAGUAGUGCGGAAGAAUUAGCUGCUGUUCAAGAAGAAUUGGCACUUUCAAAAUCUCGUUUGUUGGAAACAGAACAAAAAGUUUCUUCCACGGAAGCCCUCAUUGAUGAACUGACUCAGGAGCUUGAACAGAAGAAAGCUUCGGAAUCUCGGUUCAAGGAAGAAUUAUUGGUUCUUGAGGAUUUGGUUGUUCAGACCAAAGAUCUUAAAGCUAAACUUUUAGAACAGGAAGGUAUUAAUUCAAAGCUAGUGGAAGAACUCAAAGAGAAGGAACUUCUAGAGUCGUUGUCGAAAGACCAGGAAGAGAAGCUAAGAACUGCAAAUGAGAAAUUGGCCGAAGUGUUGAAAGAAAAAGAAGCCCUUGAAGCAGAUGUAGCAUUGGUAACAAGUAAUGCAGUGAAAGUAAAAGAGCUUUGUAGUGAACUUGAGGAGAAGCUGAAAACAUCAGAGGAUAAUUUCACCAAAACAGAUGCUCUCCUGUCUCAAGCUUUGUCAAACAAGUCUGAACUUGAGGAGAAACUGAAAUCGCUGGAGGAGGUUCACAAUGAAACUGGAUCUGUAGCAGCAGCUGCUACUCAGAAGAAUCUUGAGCUUGAGGAAGUUGUUCGGAUCUCUAGUCAAGCAGCAGAAGAAGCACAAGCACAGAUCAAAGAGCUGGAGGCACAGUUCACUGCAGCUGAACAAAAGAACGUGGAGCUACAGCAGCAACUGAACCUAUUGCAACUGAAAAGCGGUGAGGCGGAACAGGAAGUGAAAGAACUCUCUGAGAAAGUAUCUGAACUCAAAUCCGCUGUUGAAGUUGCCGAGGAAGAGAAAAAACAAGCUACCACUCAGAUGCAGGAAUACAAAGAAAAAGCAUCCGAAUUGGAAUCUUCUCUGAGCCAAACAUCAUCCAGAAAUUCAGAGCUUGAAGAAGAUUUGAGAAUCGCUUUGCAGAAGGGUGCAGAGCAUGAAGACCGUGCUAAUACAACUCACCAGCGCAGCAUUGAACUAGAAUCUCUGUGUCAAACAUCACAGUCCAAACACGAAGAUGCCGAAGGAAGAAUGAAAGACUUAGAGCUUCUACUCCAGACAGAAAAAAACAAAAUUCAGGAACUUGAGGAGCAGGUUAGCUCGCUAGAAAAGAAGCGUGGAGAAACUGAAGCAGAGUCCAAAGGUUACUUGGGUCAGGUGGCUGAGCUUCAGUCUACACUAGAGGCAUUCCAAGUGAAAAGUUCCAGUCUCGAAGCUGCUUUAAACAUUGCAACUGAGAACGAGGGAAAAAUGACAGAAAAUCUAAACGCUGUGAUGGGUGAGAAAAAGACAUUAGAAGAUACAGUGAAUGAGUACAGCGCGAAGAUCAAUGAGUCUGAGAAUCUGUUAGAAAGUCUCAGGAAUGAAUUGGGUAUCACUCAAGGAAAACUGGAGAGCAUUGAAAACGAUCUUAAAGCUGCGGGGUUACGGGAAAGCGAAGUAAUGGAGAAACUUAAGUCUGCUGAAGAGAGUCUUGAGCAUAAAGGAAGAGAAAUUGAUGAAGCUAUGAAGAAAAGCAUGGAACUUGAAGCAUUGCAUCAGUCUUUAAGCAAAGAAUCGGAGCAGAAAAUUCAAAAGGUCAUGGAGGAUUUCACUGCCAGAGAUUCAGAGGCCAGUUCCUUAACGGAGAAAUUGAAAGAACUCGAGGACAGAAUAAAAUCAUAUGAAGAGCAGUUGGCUGAAGCAUCUGGCAAAUACUCUUCUUUAAAAGAAGAACUUGAUCAGACUUUUGAAAAACUCGCUGCUGCAGAAACCGUUAAUGAUAAACUCAAACAAGAGUUUGACCAGGCAAAAGAAAGAUCCUCCCAGUCAUCAUCAGAGAAUGAACUACUAGCAGAGACGAACAACCAACUCAAGAUCAAAAUUCAAGAGCUUGAAGGGUUACUACGUUCUACUUCUAUCGAGAAGGAAACUGCAAUGAAACAGGUGGAAGAGGCAGUUGAAAAGUUCAACCAGAAAGAAGCAGAACAUAAGGACUUAGUUGAAAAGCUGAAAACGCAUGAAAACGAAAUCCAGGAGCACAAAAGGCUGGCUCAUGAAGUAUCAGGAGUUGCGGAUACUAGAAAAGUCGAGCUUGAAGAGACUCUGUUGAAAUUGAAGAAUCUUGAAUCUACUAUUGAAGAGCUCGGAGUCAAAUGCCAUGGGCUUGAGAAAGAAAAUGGGGAUCUGGCUGAGGUAAAUUUAAAACUGAACCAGGAAUUAGCCAAUCAUGGAUCAGAGGCCAACGAGUUGCAGACAAAGCUCUCUUUUCUAGAGGCUGAGAGGGAGCAAACAACCAAAAAUCUGCAGGCUUCAAAGACAGCCCAUGAAGAUCUAGUAAAGCAGCUUACAUCUGAAGGGGAGAAAUUGCAGUCACAGAUUUCUUCCCUCACCGAGGAGAACAACCAAGUCAAUGAGAUAUUCCAAAGUACUAAGAAUGAGCUCCAGUUAGUUAUUGCAAAGCUUGAAGAACAAGUAACCUUAGAGAGGUCUAAAGCUGAUACUUUGGUGUCCGAGAUUGAGCAGCUCAGGGCAGUGACUGCUGAAAAGUCUGCUUUGGAAUCACAUGUCGAAGAACUUGAAAAGACUUUGAAGAAUUUUGAAGCACAGUUGAAAGAAGAGGUUGAAAAUGCAACGGCUGCGUCUGUUAAAGUGGCAGAACUGACCUCAAAACUGCAGGAAGGCGAACAUAUCGCUAGUGACCGAGAUGUUCUCAGUGAGCAAGUGCUUCAGCUUCAGAAAGAGCUUGAAGCGGCUCAGAGUUCAAUUACUGAACAGAAACAAGCACACUCCCAGAAGCAUACAGAGCUGGAGGCUGCACUAAAGCAAUCACAAGAAGAGAUUGAAGCUAAGAAAAAGGCAGUCACAGAAUUUGAAUCAAUGGUCAAAGAUCUUGAACAGAAAGUGCAGCUCUCGGAUGCUAAAGCUAAGGAGACUGAAGCAAAGGAUGUAAGCAUCAAAUCUCGUGACAUAGACUUAACCUUCUCAUCUCCAACUAAACGUACGAGCAAGAAGAAGUCAGAGGCAUCUCCUUCCUCUUCUUCUUCAAGCAACGUUACUGCUACUCAGACGGCCACAACAUCUCAUCUCAUGACAGUGAAGAUCAUCACUGGAGUAGCUCUGAUCUCUGUCAUCAUCGGUAUAAUUCUCGGGAAAAAGUACUAGUCGUCUUCUUGUUUGGUGUGAUGCUCAUAUGUGAAUGUGAAGAUCUCUCCUUUAUUUGUUUUUUUAAAAUAUAAUUUUGAUCAAAAUCUCUCAGAAGCUUCAUGAGAGAUGUAAUGUUUUAGCAGAAUUUGGGAAGUUUUGCAUGAAUUUGCUUCCCUCUGCAGAUUGUCUUUGUUUUUUUUUUGGCUUGUUGGUCAAGCAAUGUUCUGAUACUC